AUGGAGCCCAUAGUUCGCUCACCUCUGUCUUAUGGAAAUGCAUGUGCCACGUGUGCUCGUGCCAAGUGCCGUUGCGUCCCCCAGAGUGGUGGCGGCCGCUGUGAAAGAUGUCAUCGUUUGAACAAGGAAUGCCGCAUUCCCCAAGGACGUCGCAAGCUCCAACCCCAGACCUUGUCCAGGUCGGUCCAGCUGGAACGGAAAAUGGAUAGCUUAAUGUCGCUGCUGAAAGCUGAGGCACAAGAAAUGGGGCAAACCGAGGUCGAAUCAGAAAGAGAAGACGAAGUGACAUCAGCAAGUGAAGAGGAGUCUCUACAUACUUUUCGAACUCAACGGCUGCAGUUCCUCCCACUGAUCCAUAUACCAGCCACGACAAACGCUCGUGAUCUAAAACGACAGUCACCAUUUCUGUGGCGUUGUAUCACGGCUGUAGAAAGUAAGCAUACAGCACGUCAAGCAGCAUUGUGUAUAGAGAUCCGGGAGCUGGCGGGGAAGCGGCUGCUGGUUGACUGCGAUAAGUCCUUGGAUCUAUUGCAGGGAGUGUUGGUAUAUCUUGCAUGCCAGCCGCAAAAGUCAUCGCUCUGUAUCUAUUCCCAGAUGGCGAUCGGGCUAAUCUUCGAGCUGGGCCUCAACAAGCCCGCGCCUCUAGAUCUUAGCAUGGCAGUGUCGAACUCCAAUGCCGUAGGCCAUGUGCCAGAUUUGAAAGCAUCUAUUUCGACUUUGCGCACGAUGAAUGAACGCCGGGCAGUAUUGAGCUGCUAUGUGCUGACUUCGAUUGAAGAAUCGUCUGGUGAUAGGGUGCUAGUCCAGCUCACGCGAACCCGACUUCUAGCGGACCAGAUCCUUCAAGGCCCUUGGAGUGAGGGCCUUUAUGGCCUUGAUGCUGCGCAAUCCCGAGCCGCCUUCCAUCUCAAGGCACACCAGUCACGGUUGGAGACGAUCAAGGCUGAGAUUCCCAUUCAACUGGCUGACAACAAACCCAUUCUCUUUCAUUUGUACGACACUGAGCUUAGUCUUUAUGAAGUCGCCCUAGUAAAGCCUCUUGCAGACGAGGAAUCCAGCCCCCAGCGACUUGAUCACCUCUACACCUGUCUCCACGUGGUGAAACAAUUUUUUGAUCUAUUUUUCACAAUUCCUCCAGCUGGAUACACGUUCCUGGCGCUCCCUUAUCUUACACAGAUCUCGCACUGCUUGGUAACUCUCUUCCGCUUGUCGACUUUGGACUACCCGGGAUGGGACAAGGGCGCGGUGAAAGGCAUGGCGGACAUACUCGCUAUUGCACAGCAGAUUGCCACGCGCAUGGGCCAGGUGGCCGAUGCGGUUGGGAUGCGCAGUGAGGGGGCGUAUAGCGAUCCGUUCAGUAAAUUGGGGAUGAUGAUGCAAAAGCUUCGGAGUGAGUGGGCAGUACUAUUACCAGAGUGGCCGGAGGUGGUAAACGAUCAAAGCUCAGGGGGUCCUUUGUUUUCGAACAUGGAGAUGGCUGACCUGGAUAGCUUUAUAAACUGGCCAGAGAUGGCGUGGUUGAUGGAAGGGGUUGGGACCGGGGGGUUCAUAUAA